AUGAAAGAAAUAUUUGAAGAAAAUAUAUUUAAACACCCAAAAUCAAAUUUAAACAUAAUUGUUCCUACUAAAUCAUUACAAAAUGAGGAGCUUCAAAAUUAUUUAAACUCAAUUUAUACGAGUAGUAAUAAUGAAAUAAAUGAAAAGAAAAAAUUUGUGACAGAAUGGUUAGAAAGAAAAUUCAAAAGUUGGUUGGGAAAUAUAUGCAAGGAUUAUUUAGGAGAUAAUGAAAACUAUAAAAUGAUAAUUGGAGGCUCAACAUUUCUCGAAACAGCAGGGCCAGAUUCUGAUUUGGACAUUAUUUUUAUUUUUCCACAAAAAUGUUUAUGUCCUCCUCCAAAUAUUUUGGCAGAUUGUGGAAAAUGUCAAAAAAAUGGAAAUAUUCGAUUUUGUACAAAACAUGAUUUAUUUUUUGGAUCGAAUACUCAAUCAUUUGCUUUUUAUUUAAAAAAUGAAAUUUAUAAUGUGGAAACUGUCGAGGAAUUUCAAUUUAAGGUGAAAAUUAGUUUGUAA